AUGAAUCGUGCUAUUGAUCUAGUCACAUCGGUCAUCAACUCGGCACAGUCUGUCUUUGCUGCUAUCCAGCGUAUCAAAAAUGAACUCCACACAGAACAACUCGAUUUCGUGCACUUGUUUCGUGUCUUGACCAGGUCACGCCCAGAGCCAGGGUCUAUUGGCCAACAGCAUGAAUGUACCGCUGCUGAAUCGUUUGAAAUUGCUGUCGCGGCUCUUGCUGCGUUCGUGUCGUAUAGCCCGAUACCACUGGGUCGCCUAUGGACAGACAGCGUAAAUGAGGUUCUCGCAGCUUACGUUCCUGCGCAUCAACAAGCUGAAAGCGAGCCUUGGAUCAUGGAAGCAGAUCUUUUACCAAGACACAUUAAUUUGCUACGAGGGCACCACAUAUCUACAUCGAAAGCGCUAGCAUUCGUUGCUAUUCACAAAUCAACUGGACAAGUGGUGCUCUCGUUGCCUGGUACCAACAGCAAGCAAGACUGGCUGUCUAAUUUACAUUCAACCCCAACUGAAUUGGUUUUGCACAUAGCCAAGGGCAAGACGUGUUCACUCAGCGUUCAUGCCGGCUUCUUGACGAUCGCCAAGACUCUCUACAGCCAUCCUCAAAUGCGCGAAUACUUGUCCAAGGCCCUCUUGGCUGGCUUUGACGAUCUACUGCUAUCAGGUCAUUCACAGGCUGGUGCAGUGAUGUCCUUGCUCGGUCUGCUCUUGGCUUACCCGUCGCUGCCAUCCACGGACUCUGGCGAAGUCUCAGGGCGGUCUAAACGACGCAUGGUCUUUUGCAACAUCAAAGUCAUCACGUUCGGCAGUGGUGCCUGGUGUGCAGAAUCGUCGGAAACAGAUCUUCGCUCAUUUAUACAAGUCUCGAUUCAGAGCUUCGUCCGCUGCAAGAGAGAGUUGGCUACAUGGCGAAUCGACCCAGUUCCCUUCGUGGCCGAGAGUCUCCUGGAACCUCCAAGGUCUGGCGCAGCCCAAGAAAAGCCUUGUGCUUCAUCCAUGCGACCCGGAGGGGAUCUUUUCCUGCUGCUCGAUAGCCGAUCUAAGCAUGAAGAAGCUCAGAUCCGUCGCAUGACGGCAACAGAGCUACAACAGCUCUCGGGACUAGUUUGGCUUAAUUUGGAUGCUUCCGCUCACAGCAUGGCAGGCUAUGUAGCAUUUUUCUUGCGUCAGCUGUCUAAAGUUACUGGCGGACGUGGAGGCGGAGAAGUCAUGAGAGCAGCUGUACACCGCCUGGGCGUCAUGGCAUGUGCUGAGGAGAACCCAAAAGCGACUAUUGGUCUGUUGUUGGAGGAUAAGUCAAGUCCAUCACAGACUUCUCCUUCAUCAGACGAAGGGAGAAUUGCGCCGGAGAUAAACGAUAAGGAGGACAUUGAGGAGGAUGAGGAUGAGGAUGAAACAGCAGAACACGCAAUGAUGACACGGUCCAAGAAGAGAAGAUUGAGGUGA